GAAAGCCGUAACACAAACAAUUCUCUCUUUGGUUGCACUGUUCGGAGAAGAGGAGUAUCAGCGAUGGCCGAUAAGCCGAGCCGGGCUCUGGUGUUGUACGGGGACGGACUGGCCCGUUUCAUACAAUCAUCACAUACCCAUCUCCACUCUCUCGCUUCUAAAGCCAACUGCGGUUUCCUGAGCCUCCCUAAUGCUCCUUCUUCAGAAUGUGAGGAUGAGAGGGUCGUUAGAGAGUCUGCAGUACUAUUGGAUGCAUGUGAAGCUUAUCUUAAUAAGAAUGGGGAACAUUUAAAUGAAGCAGACCAUCAGAAGUCACCCUUGAUGCCAACCAUUUCUGACAGGUUUAUGGGAAUGAGAGCUGCUUUGUUAACAAAUAAUUCCAGUUUGGAAUCUUUUAGUGGAAAACUUGGUUACAACGUGUUGCCACUGAGUGGGUCAUAUGACAAUAACCAUUCUCCUUCUGAAUUACGAGUUGAUACUCUGACCUCUGAAUUGCUGAAGUUGCUUGGAUUUGAAGAAGGGAAGACAUUGGAAAGAAGUCAGUUUGAUUUUGUAUUUGUGCACAUUGGGGCUGGAGAGAAUAUAAAUGAUGGGAAAGGUGGGGCGACUGCUGGUGAUGUGGAAUUUGUCAACGCUUUGGUUGGUUGUAUAAUGGAUGUGGCUCAACCUGGAAGUAAAAUUGCCUCUCGACUGCACUUGUCUGUUGUGAUGAGCUAUGGGCAUGUGUCAGAGGAUAGUGACCCCAAGUUGUCAGUUUUGAUACCCAAAGAUGAGAAGAAUUCUCAUCUUUGGGAACUCUACCCUCGUCAAAGUUACACCAUGAGAGGAGAAAAUCCACGAAAUGAUGUUAGGCACUAUGGUCCCAUGUUAAUUGCUCAGUGGCAGCAUGCUGUGACCCGCAAGGAUAUGGCAGAUACAUUUUCUUUUGAAGAUUUUAAAAAGCAUGGUGGAAAUCUCACCAUACCAGCUGAUAGGUUUCUUCAUGAGAUAGCAUUCAAGCUGUGGAAGGCCCCUAAAUAUGGAGCAUGAGAAGGUUCCUUACCUAUAGUUGUGCGAAAUAAUGUUCACCUUUUCCUUCAAGCAUAAAUGAUGAGCUAAGUGAAGGAGCUUGUCUUGAAUGUUUUUGUACUUUGGUAUGUUUCCUAAAUAUUGUUUCAAUUGAUCUUCUCACACACCAGGGGAAUCCAAUGUAUUUGUGACGAUUAAGCGGCCAACCAAUGGAUUUUAU